AUGCUUUUCAAAGUGAUGAAUAUACUUACACUAGGGUGGUGUCUCAAUCUUCUCAUAGUUGAUAACAAAGAAGCUAACUCCUACUCUCUGUGAGCAAGCAAAAACAUUGGAAAAGUCUAUUUUUUGAAGACAAAUAGAAAAAAAUUUGCUCGUUCACGAAGAGGGAGUAAAACGAAUUUUGACUCACUUGAAGACUCAUACACAAACAUUUACAUUGAGCACAAAACCCUUGAAGAACUUUUAAAAUUAGAGUAUGAAAUUGAUAGAAAUACUAUUAUUAUUGAUUUAUCCUCAAAUAUUCAGUCUCAUUUUUUAUUAUCUCAACUCGCUUCAAGACAAAGAAUUCUUCAUAUCAUAAACGAUGAUUUUAAUAAUGGAUAUACCUCUUGGACUUUUACGCUAAAACCAAAUCAGGGUAAAUAUAUAAACUCCUUACUCCCCCUCCAUGAGUCAACAAAAAUAUUGGAAAAUUCUCUUAUUUUUAUGGAAAAAACUGCCCUCUGUGAACAACAUAAAAUAUUAUAUAAGAGAAUAAUUAAUAUAAUGAAAUUUCUAACUAUUUCGUUUAAGUUUUACAAAGAUAUAAAUUUUAAAUUUAAUUAAUAUUUUAUUUCCAAUUGGGAUUAAUUUUAAUUUUCGAAAAAAAUGACUGUGAAAUUUAUAUAGCCCCAGCCAUGAGCGACAAAAUUUUCGUUCACUCACAGAGGGUUAGUAAAUGUUUGCAAAAAAUUUAACUGAAACUCAGGAAUUGUUUUUCUCUCCUAUAAAAAUUCAGGCAUGCAACGUAAAAUUAACGAAAUAUUUGAUAAUGAUUUUCAUUAUAUCAUUGUUGAGAGAAAAACAGAUAUUUCUCAAGUAAUUAACAGAGAAGUUUUUAGACUUGGAAGUUACUUAUAUUAUUUAUUCACAGAAAGUAAUAUAUCUGAGGAUAUUAUCCAAAACCUCAUAAGGACAAAUUUAUUAUUAAAAGACAGCGGAAUAUUAUUAAGCCAGGAAAGUAGUUAUAAUACAAAUUUUAAUGGCGCUUUAAUUCUAGCUUCAAAAGGCCAAGAAAAUACAAAAUCAUAUGAACAAGAAACUGUCCAAAGUUUAAAAAAUUUAUUUUCUCAGAUUCUUGGAGCUCAAAAUUUUAAUAAUACAGGAAAUGACAUUAAUUUUAUUAUGAAAGAUAUUCUUAUGUCUAUCUGUGAAAGCCAUUUUUGUACAAAUUCUUUUAAUUUAGUAAAUAUUCAGUCUGGAAAUAGGGUUAUUAUUGGAGAUUCUUUGCCUUUCUCUAUAAAAAACUCAAUAAUUUUCCCAGGCAAUUCUUCAGUAAUCCCUGAAUCUCGCAAAAAAAUUAUAAAAGUUAGCAUAAGUAAUGGCUCUAAAAACCCAACAACCGCUCCUAUGAAUAAUACCUACACAAAUUACUAUGGCUGCUAUACAGCCAUAAAGCAAGUAAAUACUGGCCAGGAUUUAAUAGAAAAUUUUAUGCUAUCCCCUACAACUUUUGAUUGUGGACAAUCUGAGUAUAAUUCUACUUUUAUGUAUAAUUGUUUUUCUAAAAAAUUCGAUGAUAUCGGUGUCAUGCAUUUUCCAUCAAGCUUUACACCAGUAGUAUCAGGAACAAUGGCGACGCUCUCCAAGCUAAAUCAUAGUAUUCCGCUCAUCGCAGGCAUGUCUAAUGAUGAUGCGCUGACAAUUACGCAGAAAUACCCAUUUUUCUCUAGGACAAGUUUUGAUUAUGUUUACGUAGCUGCACAGUUUGUAAAGGUACUCUAUACUUUGGGUUGGAAAAAUUGCGCAAUUUUAUAUAGAGGUUUCCUCUAUAUAGCGCUGAAAGCGCAGACAUUUUCCAGGAGCUUUCCAAGUUCGUCGGACCAAAUCGCUUUUUGGUCCGACCAAGGCAUUGAUUUGGUGCAACCAACCGAUAAAUUCCGAUCAGAAUUUAUCGGCCUUACAGCGCCAAACAUAGGAAACUUCUAUAUCAGACUAAACCUUUGUAUACAGCCAUGCACAAUCAGUUUGUAGAAACAGCUGAAAAGUAUAAUUUGAAGAUUCUCAAUAGAGAAAGCCUUCGUGCAAUACCAGGAGACGUCAAUAGUUAUGAAGCCUUACUAAAUCACACAGAGAUUGUUCAAGAAGUCAUAAAUAGCAACGCUCGGCUAUUGAUAAUGAUUAUGCUCGCUGACAUUUCUAUUGCAACGAUGGACUUGCUUUACGAUUUAGGCAUAAGAAAAGGCGAUUUAAUAGUAUUAUGAGCAGCGCCAGCUUGGAUCAAUGCUGUAUAUUUUCCUAGACCAGGCGGCUUAGAUAGAACUAAAACUAAUGAGCUUUCGCUUCCUUCAAUUGCAUUAGACCAACCUAGCUAUACAGGAGAGGUAGGAAACUGGGUCGAAAAACAAAUAGCCAGCACAUAUGGAGGAAACCCCUCUCAAAGUAACCUAGGCUCAUGCUGGAAUUAUGACGCAGCAAGACUAGGAAGCUAUGCAUUGGAUUUCAUGAUUGAUAGAGGUCUUGAUUACACAAAUGGGACUUUAUUAAUGGAAGCGGUCAGAAAACAAAUUUUUACAGGCUGCUCUGGGACAGUGAGAAUUGAGCCUGAUACAAAUAAUAGAUUUAUUAAUUUCCUGAUAUUGAAAAAUGCGUUGUGAAAUCCUGCAACUAAUUCUGUACAAGUUUCUGAUGCGGCAUAUUGAAAUCCUACUGGGAGUGACGUUUUAACGAUUCUUCAGCCAUUAAAAUACGCUGGAAAUACCACGAUAAAGCCUAGCGAUUUUAGAGUUGAGCUAAAUAAUUGCCCAUUUCCUGAAAAAGAAAUUAGGACUUUUGAUAAAGGCAGGUAUUUAUCCCCCCAAUUUAAAUUAAAACAUAACUAACAUUUCUUUUUUUUUGUACAUUUAUCCCUUUUAAUUUGGAUCAACUUUUUUCAUAGGUAAAAUGCUAAUUUUUUUUAAAAUUAGUUUUAACCUAAUUUAAAGAUAUAUAUAUUAAUAUUUUAAAUCUGAAUCGAUUUAAAAAUUUUGUGUUCAAUUUAUAUAUUUUUAAUUUUUAACAUUUUUAACCUUCUUUAAAUAGGAAGAGAUUUUUUUAUUUAAAGAGAAUAGGAUUAGUAUUUGGAAUUUGCAUAGCAGUAGCGGUGGCGACUGCAGGGGUUACUAUCGUUAUAUGGAAAAAAUGAUGGAAUAUAAGAGCUGAAGAUUUAAAAGAAAGGAAAGAAAUGUCAAUCGAAGAUUUCAUUAUGGCUGCCACCAUUGUAAUUGAAUUUUUCCAAUUGUUAGCUAUGGGUCCAGAUAUUACUCCUAUAAAUUCUUUAAUUUCUGAUAUAGGAAAAUCGUUUUCACUGGAUUUUGAAAGCUUGAUACAGGUGAGAAAUGACGUUUUUUGGAUUUUUCUUGAUGUAGUUUUUGGGUCAAUUAUAUUGUGGGUGAUUUUAUCUGUGAUUGUUUUGUUUAGAUUGGACGAAAUUUUUAAUAGGGUCGCGAUUAUUCGAUAUCUCAAUUCACUUUCGGAUUAUUCAAUACUAAACUGAUUUUAAAAAAAUGAAAAAAUCAUGAUUUUAUAUAGGAAUCACCUAAUUAUGAUGAAUUUUACUAUUUUCAGCAUAUUUAAUGCCUGUGCUUGGGAAUUUAUUGUUUAUCCCGUUUAUGUCAGGCUUAUUAGACGUUUUUGUAUGUGAUAAAUCAAUUGGAGAUGAUUUCACUCAAAGUUUUAUGUAUAAAGAUUGCAACCAAUUUUGCUGGAAAAAUGACCAUAUAAUAUAUGCAACUUUUGCCUUCAUUGGUAUUAUUUUAUAUGAACCUUUAGCAAUAUUCUGUAGACCUCUCUGGCAAGAAUUUCAACCUUUGGCACAUGUAAAAUACUCUCCUAGACAUCUUAUGCUGAAAACUAUAUUCCAAAUAACCCUUAUUGUUAUGAAUAAAACAGUAAAAAGAGCUCAAGACAUCGCCCAUGGAGCGAUUUUUACGUUUUUUGUGCUAGUUUUUGCAGUUUUUAUACAUAGAGACAAACCUUAUAAUUAUCCUAGAUUCAGCUGGUGACUGACUUUAAGCUUAUUUGGAAUUGUGUGAGAGUCAUUUUUAACUACAAUUAAUAUAGGAAUUGGGAAUAGUGAUUCUCUUGUAUGAGUUGCUAUAUUAAUAGCUGGAUGGGGUAUAAUAGGAAUUAUAGGAUUAUGGGUACAAAAGAAAAAAUAUCCGAGUUUGCUUUUUAGAAGUAAAGGAAAAGAUACUUCAAAUUUAUUCAAAUUUGCAUUUACAUUGGGCAGAAGGAAAUCUCAAGCAAUUUCAUUGAAGAUGAGUUAA